CACAAUCACCAGCUUAUCAGCAGUUGACAUGGCCUACAUUGCCCGGCGUCGGCCUGGUCAAGCAGUGUAAAUCUCCGCUCUGUAAAAGUCCUUGUCAGACCUCACAUAUACACCUGGCCCCAGUCUCGGGAAGCAUUUAUUCACAAUGGACAUAUUUGUAGGAUGGUGUUUCAUGUUGGCUGCAUUCAGUAUCGGGUCUGUACUUCCGAUUUCGACCACAGAGUUGUCUACAACAGAAGCAGCAACUACCUCGACGCCAGAGUUUGUCCCAGGUAAAGUCAACAAUUUGAAGACCACAGUGACGACAUCAUCGUCUCUUGGUCUGUCGUGGACGGCAUCAACAAGUGAUGUCCCAUUCACCCAGUACAUCGUCUUCACAAGCAAGGGAGGCGAAUGUUUAAAAGCAGUCUACAUCCUCUGCCCUCCAAAUGAUAGUAUAUAUGCAUCUGCCGACUGCAAUUCUGUUAUGGCGGGCGCGACUGCGACAUAUGAUGAAUGCCAUGGUGACAUGUCUUACAACGUGACUGACCUGGACUCGAACACAGACUACGUUGUUAGUGUCGCUGCUGCAGCAAAUUUCACAAUAGGGGAAAACUCAACACUCAAAGAGAAGACUCAUAUUGGAAACCCAUCUGCACCAAAGGACUUCAAUGCCUCAGUAAACAACGAAUCCAGUGUGACGCUGUCCUGGACACCCGCUGUUCACAGGGGCGGACCCACCACCUACAUCAUUACAGUGGAGGAGGAGACGAGGUUAAAUUCAAAUAUCUUCGAAGAGGCAAGAAACAUCAGUGUCAGGGGCUUCAACGCGUCAAGUCUUGUUAUUGGCGACCUUCGAAGCUAUUGGAAGUAUACAUUUAACAUCAUAGCUGAAACUCCUGCUGGGAGGUCGGAAGAUGUUUUCCUCUCAUCAGCUAUCUUAACCAAAGAAUCGGCUCCGGGUAAAGUAGAAGACUUGUGGAUAGAUGCGAUACCUGACAACCUUACAGCUGUCAAUGUCACCUUCACCUGCCCAAUUGAAGCAGAGAGACACGGCGUCAUACUGUACUACACUCUAUCUUACGUUGCUCAGGAAACCCACGAGGAGGCAUUUGUGAUAGAAAAUCGACAAGGUUAUAAUAUCUCGUCAGGUCUUGGAGAUUGCAGCUUCACCUCCUUCGUAUCCAUCACACCUAACGUAAACUAUGUAUUUUCGGUUGUAGCGCAUGAUUCAUUUACGGGGGCUGAACAGAAGGAAGUCUUUUUUGGAAACCCAGGAGAGCCUGGGGAAGUGACGACUUUCACUAUGACGUCAACCACCAGCACCUCCAUCACCCUGUCCUGGCAGCCUCCCAGAUUGCAUAACGGCUUCAUCCUGGGAUAUGUCCUGUACGUCCACACAGAAGACGGGGCGUGUCAACAGGCUGUGAACAUUGUCUGUACUGACUGCCAGUCUGAUGGAACCUUCAGAGCAGAAGACAAAAAGUGUCAUUCGUACCGCAAUGCCAGUAUUCAGAGGCCGGGGUACGAAUCUCAAACCAGCUAUGCUGUGACGUCAUUGAUGUCGUACACUAACUACACGGUGACUGUCGCUGCCGUCAACAACGCCACGGUCGGGGAUACAACAACCCUUACUUACCAGACAGAGAUGGGUGUUCCAGCAACACCCACAAUUUUUUCUGCUGCUGUAAUAAACGAAUCAGCCGUAUAUGUCACCUGGAUGCCGCCUGGUCACAAGUCAGGACCAACGAUUUACACCAUCUCUGUACUGGAGGCUGCAGGAAGAAAGGGAAAGGAGUUCGAUCUCAUCAGGAAUGUAUUAGUGAAAGGUUACACCUCUGACCACGUGGCCAUUGGGGAUCUGUUGAGCUCAUGGCGCUACAAGUUCAGCAUUACAGCCAGCACAUCCGAAGGAAGUUCCCCUGUCUUAGACACGGCAUCUACAUCGGUGACGAAGGGAUCUGUGCCUGGCCAAGUACGGAAUCUUACAGUUUCAUCACUUCCUGGCAACUUUACAGCAGUCAACCUAACCUGGGAGUGUCCAAAUGAACGAGAAAGGAACGGGUUUAUAAAGAAUUACACAAUAAAGUGCUCUGAUCCGGGAACACCUACCGUAGUAUAUGGUCACUAUGAACCAGAGGAUCCAUGUACAACCCACACUGCCAUAUUACCAGUACGACCUGAAAAUAACUAUACAUUUACAGUUUUCGCCAAUGCAAUGUACGCGGGAAGGCCGGGUGUGUCAUAUGUGUUUUAUGCUGUUGCUGGCAAACCUCCACCAAAGACUACGACAGAUAUAUUCAUAAAUACAGCAGCUCAAGACAAACACAGCACAGACACGUUCUUUACAGUUUCCUUUAAUAAAUCGACACUUCUGGACUCAACAAAUGGGAACAUUAUUGAAGCGGGAUUUAUUGUCAUGCAAAAAAGCGAAACUUCUAGCGGCCCAGGAAAUGUGACAUCGUGGAACACAUGGAUGAACUGGUACAGGUGGAAGAAGGCUGGGUAUAAGGGUUCUUACCGCCCCACUCCAGAACAUUACCUGAUACAAGGCAGGAGAAGAAGGGGGGCUUCUACUGAAAACGACGAUGCUCUUACAUCUUUCCUGGUUGGAAGUGAUGGGAGUUGUGACAAUAAACAGGACCAAUUUUGUAAUGGACCUCUGGAACCAGAGACCGUGUAUAAGGUUAUGGCAGUGGCAUGCACCAACGCUGGCUGUACAUCUACUAAACCUUUUGGUCACUUCAGAACAAGCUCAAGAGGGACUGGAAAGGAUAUGACGCCAUGGAUUGCCUUUGGUGUUACCGCCACAGUUCUUCUGUGUACCAUCAUAUCCUUUGUUGUAUAUAUGAAGGUUAUUCAACCAGCAAGAAAACUGAAAUCUUACAGUGAAGGGCAUCAUUUGGCGUUAUCUGAUAGAAAUGAACAUGUUGUGAAUCCAAAAAGGGUGCAUCCGUAUAAAAAAGUAUAAGAAAAUGCCUCCAAUGCAGAAAUGCCGUUUUCAAGCAGCAAUGUACAGAAUACUUCCAGCAAUGAAGAUUAUGAAAAUGUAGAGAUCAAUACAAAAUACCAGACAUAUGAAAUAUUAAAUCUGGAUGUGAAUGACGAUGAUGGCAGUUUGUACAGCGAUCUGCAGGAACGGCUGUGAUGAUUUGCAAACAUCAAAUGACAACUUCAGUAACAUUUGAUAAAUAUUUUCUUAAUAGGGCAUUGUUACACCCAACGAUACAAUGUAUUUGUGUUGUUAAUCUGU